AUGGCGUCGCCGUCGCCGUCAGCUGGAGAGAAGAAGAAGAUCCUGGUGGCGAGGAAGGGCCGGCUGCGGCAGCGCUACGACGGCGAGUACCGCCUGGUGGCCGGGUGCGUGCCGUACCGUGUGGGCGCGGACGGCCAGCCCGAGCUGCUCAUGGUCUCCACGCCCAACAGGGACGACCUCGUCUUCCCCAAGGGCGGGUGGGAGGACGACGAGGACGUGCACGAGGCGGCGUGCCGCGAGGCGCUGGAGGAGGCCGGCGUCAGGGGCGCAAUCAACCGGACUGCGCUCGGGAUGUGGGUGUUCAGGAGCAAGAGCAGCCCGGUGAGCAGCGACGACAGCCCCCGGGGCGCCUGCAAGGGCUACAUCUUCGCUCUGGAGGUGGCCGAGGAGCUGGAGCAGUGGCCCGAGCAGGACACCCACGGCAGGCAGUGGGUCUCCCCGGCGGACGCGUACCGCCUCUGCCGCUACGACUGGAUGCGCGAGGCGCUGUCGGCGCUGCUGGACCGCCUGGCGGAGCCCAAGCCCGCCGCGGAGGGGCUCGGCGAGCACGCCGGCGUGUACAUGAUAGUCAAGGCGGCCGCAGCCACCGCGGAUCGAGCGGUGGCGCUGUGGUAG